UGCCAGCUUGUAAUCCCGCCUUAUUUAAUGAUCAACUUAUAAUGGGUAUUACAGGUUUAUUACCGUUUUUGAAAAAUUCAUGUAGACCUGCAAAUAUACGUGAUUUUGCAGGUGCAACUGUAGCAGUUGAUGCUUACGGUUGGUUACAUAAAGGUGCAUUUUCUUGUGCUGAAAAACUUAUCAAGGGUGAAGAAACUGAUGGGUAUAUUUAUUACUGUAUGAAACAAAUAAAUAUGCUACUGGAGGCUGGUGUUACACCUAUUAUGGUUUUUGAUGGCUGCAAUCUUGCUUCUAAAGAAGUUACCGAGAAGAAACGGAAAGAGAAUCGUGAGAAAACUAGGCAGAGAGGUAAAGAAUUAUUAUGUGAAGGUAAAACUAGAGAAGCUCGAGAGUGCUUUCAACGAUGCGUAGAUGUAACUCCAGAAAUGGCUAGAAAAGUUAUUCAGGCAUGUAAGAAGAAAGGAAUUGACUGCAUUGUUGCUCCUUAUGAAGCUGAUGCUCAAUUAGCAUAUUUAGACAAAGCUGAAAUUGCACAGUUGAUAAUCACAGAAGAUUCUGAUUUAGUUCUCUUUGGCUGCACCAGAAUUCUUUUCAAGAUGGAUAGUGCUGGAGGUGGUCUGCUGUACGAAAAGGAGAAUCUCCCCAAAUCAUUUGGAGUUAAUGCUAUAAAAUUCAGCUUUGAGAAAUUUCGCUAUAUGUGUAUUUUGUCUGGCUGUGAUUAUUUGCCUUCAUUGCCUGGCAUAGGGCUGGCAAAAGCUUGUAAAUUUUUUAUGCUAACAAAUAAUACAGAUUUAUCAGUAGUAUUAUCCAAACUACCUAGCUAUUUAAAGAUGCCAAAGUUAGUUGUACCUGAUGAAUAUAAAGAAUCAUUUCUGAAAGCAAACAACACAUUUUUGUAUCAGUUGGUAUUUUGUCCUCAAAAGAAAUCAUUAGUUCCUCUAAAUCCAUAUCCUGAAGGUGUAGAUCCAAAUGACAUGGAAUAUGCUGGAAAAUAUUUACCUGAAGAUUUAGCCUAUCAGCUAGCUAUGGGAAACAUACAUGUCAAAACUUUUAAAGAAUUUGCUGAUUCUCAAAAUCCAAAUGAUGAGAAAAGUGCUGUUUGGGGAGCAAAAGAAAAUUCCGUGAAUGUUAAAUUGCCUCAGAAUAAAGUUGUGAAUGUGGCUUUCAAAUUUAAUUCUUCUAAAAUAAAAGCAGCUCCAAGUAAAAGAAAACACGACCAAAUAGCUACAGAUAAUGAAAGCCCUGUAAUUAAUGAGGAUGAUGAUAUUUUUGCUAUGUACGGUGGGGAUGUGCAGCAAAAAACUUUUAUUAACAGUAGCUCGGAUGAAGAACCUACAUCUGUUAAUAUGAAAAAAACAAAAGUAGAUGAUUCUUCACCUUUAAAUGCAGAAGAAAAUGUAUCCUCUAACAUUCUCACCAAUGUUUCAAACCGCCCAUUACAGAGGAUAGUAAGAAGCAGGUUUUUCGUUACUUCAGAUGAGCAAACUUAUGGGGAAAGUCGAGCAGAAUCUGAACUUAGUGAUCAGGAGAAGGAUAAAAUUCUUCAAGUUUCUAAUGAGCUUGAAUGUUGUACUUCAACUCCAGCAUUAAAUGAAACUACUGAAAAAGAAAGCCACACAGAUAUCAAAUUACUCAAUAAUCUCACUGUCUCUGAUGUAAAAGAUAAUAAAGAAAAUAUUAUCCACAGGUAAGAAAACUCGAACCAUUUUUUUA